AUGAAAAACUAUACAAGGCCAACAGUGUUCAUUCUGCUGGGGUUGACAGAUAGUUCUAACUGGCAAAUUAUGCUAUUUCUUUUCCUAUUUAUAACAUACAUUUUCAGUAUGUUAGGAAACCUGACAAUCAUCACCCUUACUCUCCUUGAUUCCCAUCUUAAAACACCCAUGUACUUUUUUCUGAGGAACUUUUCCCUUUUAGAAAUUUCAAUGACAACAACUUGUAUUCCUAAAUUCCUGAUCAGCCUAGCAACAAAGGACAAAACAAUUACCUAUAAUGCUUGCGCAGUCCAGUUAUUUCUGUUCAUUUUUUUUGGAGCAGCAGAGUUCUUCUUAUUAGCAGCCAUGUCCUAUGACCGCUAUGUGGCCAUCUGCAAACCCCUGCAUUAUACAACCAUCAUGAGCCCCAGAGUCUGCACCAAGCUGGUCUUUACUUCUUGGGUGGCUGCAUUUCUGGAAGUCUUUCCAGGGCUGAUCAUGGGUCUGCAGCUGGAGUUCUGUGGUGACAUCAUUGAUCAUUUUGCAUGUGACUAUGGCCCUGUCCUUCAGCUCUCUUGCACAGACACCAGGCACAUAGAACUCUUCUCUUUUACAUUAGCUUUAGUGACACUUCUUGUCACCCUGAUGCUAGUGAUUAUCUCCUAUACACUCAUCAUAAGGACGAUUUUGAAGAUUCCAUCUGCACAGAAAAGGAAAAAGGCAUUUUCUACCUGUUCUUCUCACAUGAUUGUCCUCUGCAUUUCGUAUAGAAGCUGUAUCUUCAUGUACAUUAAGCCUAAUCCACAAGAAAGGGUGGCUUUAAAUAAAGAUGUGGCAGUGCUCAAUACUUCACUUGCCCCCCUCUUAAACCCUUUCAUUUAUACUCUGAGAAACAAGCAAGUCAAACAAGACUUCAGAGACAAUGUAAGAAAGAUGUUUUCUUUCUUCUCAAGCAAAUUCUAUUGUCAGCAAAAAAAAAAAAAAAAAAAUGAAAGAAGCUGA